AUUGAGUAUUUUAUAAUUAAAAACAAAAAAAAAGAAACCUAAUCGGUUUUGUAAUAGGAAUGGGUUAAUCAGAGACCUAUACUGUAUAUACAUUACACAUCUUUUUGCUUCAACAUCAGAAAUUUACAACCAAACAAUUCUAACAGAAGCAAUGUCAAGCGCUACAGCUACAGUCCUCGAUGAAUCUAGCAUUCCUAACCCCAGGAGUACAUGGAGGAUGGACGGGCAGUUACGAUACGACAUUGCGAUGAACACCAUCAUUAUAAUCCUCAUUACUGAUGCGAUCUUACAUAUGACUCUGAGAGCCCACAAGAUUCCCGUUGAUGACAUCGUUAUGGGACUUUUAUUGACGUUUGCUUUUUGGUACGCGGUUGUCACCAUGAUUAAUUACAUGUAUUGGGUUGUAGCAAGCGAGGAUGAAGAGUAUUUACGUGCACUUUACACCAAUGGACGCCUCGGUCACACGUUAGGCUUUUGUACAUUCCUCUGCCUCCUUUAUUCUAUUUCUCACUUGGCUAUGUACGUUGCUCUACUUUGUUUACUAUGGUUCGUACCAGCCAUGUUUGCACCGUGUUGUCCCUGUCUAUGGAGAGGAGAGCCAGCUUGGUGGAACUUUGUGAAGAAACCACAACCCACAGUAGAUAUUGUUUAACUUUUAAGACUACACAAUUUUUGAUCUUCUAUUCCAUGAUGAGAAUUUUAGACAAUUAUUAUUACUAAAAAAAAUUAAUUCCUAAUUUUGUGCUUCGAUCAAUAGCUUAUCAAGUGAAUCUAGUCAAUUUUUCUCAACUUUUUUCUCUUGUGAUCGGUGAAUUUUGCUUCUACUGUAUCUAUCCAUAAACCUAGUGUUGACAUGUGUUUCACGAUCUAACAAGAUAUUAUUAAUUAGGGUUUACGGAUUGCUUUUAGACAUCAAUCACCAAGAAAAUUAGAGUACCUAGUCUUGCUUUGUUCCUGCUUAAUGUAAUUUGGGGUUAGUGAUCAUUUAUCUUUUGGAACAAUGAGUGAGGUCUUUAAUGGAUAUGGGCGCCAAUACUGCGAUCUCUCUGCCAAUCUUUCCAAGCAAAGCUCCUCUGCUGUUGCCCUUGACGGAUGUAUAUUCAUAUCAACUGUUUCUCGUGCCGUAGCUUCCUUCCUCCCAGCGACAUGUAAAUCCUUUUACACCAGAAUUUAACCAAAGAAAACAACUUGAACCCAGUACAGCUUUGGCUAUCUAUGUCCUUGUGCAAAACCAGUAUGCCGCCCUUAUGUUGUAACCAGUUUCCAGUUCUUUGAGAAUCACCAACCAUGAGAUACAUCACACGAUGUUACAUUGUGAGUGCAGCUAUAACUUGACAAUACGUCCCUGAGAUUUGAGUCUUAGGGUUGCUUGAUCCAUUCUGAUUGCAUAACCCUGUGUCAAAGGGCUCUCAGCCUCUUUCCCUUCUCAAUCAGAAACCAAGCUCUAAGCGUUGAGACAUACGUGAGACAUCCUCCCCCACGUUAGCCUCAACGAGACGCACAUGAACAAAAGAAGACCCCGUUGCUCCACUGCGUCCUUACUGAUUUGUGCUGGCCAUCUUUAAUGCUCCAAGAUCCCUAAGCAUAAACACGAACAGAAUCACAUGAUCUCAUGUUGUUCAUCUUCCUCAACUCCCUUUUCACUUUCUUUAUCGCCAAGUUCGCAUCUUUCUUCGGCCUCAAAAAAAUCUGCCUCCUCUGUCCGAAGUUAGAUCGUAUCUUCCACCAACGAGAGCUGCUAAGUCCAAACCACAUGGCGGAGAUAGCGAGUUUCAGUUUUUUGCAAAACUCAGUCGGCGAGCUUGUGCUCAGAGUGUUCGGACCGAGAGGAGAGAAGCGAUAUUAGUUUUGGGGUUCUGCUCUUGUUGCUAGAAGCGCUUAGGAGAAAGACACUACCCUAGUUACUUGCUUGUCAAGUUAUCUGUUUGGGGCAAAACUCUUGAGGACAGAGAAAACAGAGGGUUGAUAUUAGAGAUGAUUGACAAUGAUAAGCCUGGAGAUGGGUUCAAGAUAGGGAGAGAAUCUCAUAGUUUCCAUCCACAUAAAUCAUUUUCUCGGGAAUGAAGACGAGAUCCCUGAAACUUAAUCAAGAGUUCCGGAGGAUGAACAAAAGGAUGAUGAUGCUAUUGGUUUUACCAAAACAAAUAAUAGAAAUAACGAACAUACAUAGCAGAGGUUUGUAUAUAUUUAUACAUAGAUGAACAUGCUUCUUGUAUAAUUCAUCAAGUUUUUGAUCAAGUGCAUCUUGUACUGCAAGAAAUCUUAAAAAAAGAUAUUAUGUAGA